AAUAUACAAAAAACGAAAUAUAUAUUAUAAAUCUAGAUUCUAGUUCUACGAACAAAUGUAGUAAUAUCUUUGCAGUUUUCCUUCAAAAGCUUUGCAAGUGUAAAAUGUAUCUUUGAUUAAUAUGCAGAAUAUAUCCCAUGAAAGUCCGCUGAGAUUUUCCAAAAUGUUUCCUGUCGUAAUGUUCGCAAGUGCAUAAACCAUCAACAAUGCUGAGAAAUGCCAAGCCACGUUCUUUUAAAUAUUCAAAAAGUUUAUCUCAGUCAGGACCUCAUCAGCCUCAUACAGAUGCAAGUGCAAGCCUUAUAAAAUGUGAGUGGCCCCUGCUUAAACCAGUAUCUACAUGUUGUAGCUUGAUAAACAAAAACAAACCUUCUAGUGUGAUCUGUAAUGUGUUAACAAAAAACUCAAAACAAAGGAGGCAACUCUGUCAUUCUUUAACAAGUUAUUCAGACCAACCUGUUAGAAAUUCUUUGUUUACUAAACCACAAAUGAUGAGUGUCUGUAAUCAGAUGUCACGUCUUUCAUCCUUGUGCUUUCAUAGUGAUUGUGAACAGUCUAUUGUUAUCAAAUCAAAUAACAUCCAGCUAAAUAACAGUGAUGCACAUUCAAAACCAGAUCAAUUUGUUGAACAAAUUGAUUGCUGCGUCACGCCUGGUCAUCUUCUAAAUGAAGUCGAGGCAAAUUUGAACAGUGGUAACUUUUCUUUUAACCAACUACCAUUUGUCAUUGCAAAAUUUAAAAAGCUAGUUUACAAAAGUUUGGAUAUGCCAUGGAUGAUUGCUGAAGAAAAAUGGAAGAAAAAGCAGUUGGAAUUCAAUUUUUUAUCUCACCAAUUGCUAGGUUCAUACAUUUCUGACCCAAGAUUUGAAAAUAUUCUUGCAUUAACAGAAGAGAAUAUUAAUAACCUUUCUCUAGAUGAUUGCCUUCAAGUUUUCUAUGAUUUAAAUUUCUUACUGCUGUCUGCUUCCCACCCGCUUAAUGAAAAACUUUAUUGCAUUUGUGCAGAGAAAAUUGGAGACUUCGAUUUUCAUCAACUAGCUUUAUUUACUGAAUGUAUUCCAACAAGCCCUCCAGAUUAUUUAACCAUGGGUAAAGUAACUAACAGAACUAAAAUAUUAUUAACAACACAGCAUGUUGAAAACAUAGAUUUAUCUGACUUAUGUGAGAUUUUGUACAAUCUGAAACAUGUUAUUAGUUCUGAUAUGUUUAGGCUUAGUGCAGAAGUAUUGCUUGCAAAAUUUGAAAUGGAUGCGGAACACAUGACCCUGGAUGACAUUAGCAAAAUAUGUUUUUUUGCUAGUAUACCAGGCAACGAUUCACUAGAGAUUUUGUCAAACUGGAUCAUGAGCUUACCAAAAAACUCAUGUCAGCAUGUUAUUAUUGACAAAUCAACAUUCACUUUUGAUGUGGCAACAGCAAUUGGCUCUGCCACCUGGAUUUGUCCUAUUCUUAAAGAAAUACAAGCAUUUUGUUCCGAGGGCCUUCAACAUGUGGACAAAUUAUCCAAUCACGAAGUCGCGAAAAUGGUCAUCAUCAACACUAAGUUCUCACCAGAAGAGCAGCAGAUGAUGCUUCCGGCCAUCUGCCAAUGCAUAGAGGAGUCUGAUACAGUGCUGCUUAAAGAGCUGUUGCUAGCCCAUGUAAAACAAGUGAACUUAAACCCAACAGUGAUGGCAAGCUAUCAGGAAAGAUUGUCCAGACUGGUAGCCCAGCUAGACUCUGAGCAGUUGAACAAGCUUCUGUUGUUGCAUGAUGAUGGCGAUUUAGCUUUUUUAAUCUAUGUCUAUAUCAGACGAAUUUCAUAUCUCAAAAUUCCAUUGCACAAAAGCUUGUCUGCUCUUUGUGAUAAGCUGUGCAGUGUUAGAGGCGAUGAAUGGGACGUGCCAAGGGUCAAAGUUCAAUUAGCAGUUAUCCGCUACGCUGACCUGGUCAGAGCCGGCAGCAAGUCUGGGAGUAACAUCCACUUUAUUCUGAAGUUUCUUGGUCGUCUGGGCGCUGAUGAUCUCAUGUCCUUAUAUGGAAGUCUCGCAUCCCUCUUUUUUAUUCCCGGUCAGCACUACACAGUGAAACAAGGAACCAUGCUGAUGCAAGCUAAAGCCAAAGCAAUCUUCAAUGAGCGCCUGACCUCUUCACCUCACCUGCCCAAAUCGCUGACAUCCCUGAAAAUCCUGAGCUUGAUACCGCCUGGUAAGCUGUAUCUGCUGAAGGACCUCGUGCUGCACCUGGAUAAGUUUACCACAGACAUGGAUGAGACCAAGGUCCUCAAGGUGCUGAGGAUUCUAGAACUUUCAACAGAAAAAAUUCAUUUUUAUCACAAAGAAAUGUUUGAGAACCUCAUCAACUUCCUAAUGAACUGCCCCAAAUGUUUUGUCCUGCCAAGCCUUCAGCUACUGAAAACACUGAGUUAUUCUGGAUACACCCCAGAAAACAUAGAUCCUUUCAAGCUGUGGAUCCACAAGCUCUUGACUCAAGUUUUUCAACAAGACCUUGGUUUUAAAUACAUACAACUGGAACUGAUCUACUGUCUUUCAAUCAUGGGGAUAUAUUUUGAUGACCUUCUCAGCAAUGUUUUUACUCUGAACUUUAUUUCUGAACUGGAGAAAGAUUUGUUAGUAUUAACAACUGUAAAAGCCAACAAGAUAAGGUCGCACCUGAUUGAGCUGAGUUCUAGUAUUGCCAUAGAAUGUCCACAGCUGUCCUUCCCAGUCUUUAGUAAACUAUUAACACCAAAAGAAGUUGAAGAAGCUCCUGUUGUAAGGGAAGGAAAAAUCAUAGCCAGUCUUCACAGAGUGUGUGAGGGAAAAGAGUUUGUCAAGUCUCCUACCACAAGUCCGUAUGGUCACAACAUAGAUGCUCUCCUGUGCUUUGACUCCAACAAGACUUUGGUUAAGCCAGCUGAUGUGUUGCAAGAACCACAUGGGCUCUUGAAUGUUGAAAGGAUAGCAGUGAUCUACCUUGCCCCAAGUGAUUUCUGUUUGGAUAAUGAGCACAUCACUGGAUUCAGGUUGAGUUCCAUCCGCCAACUGGAGAUAUUGGGAUAUUAUGUGAUAAUGAUUUCUCAUAAAGACUUGUUAUCCAUGGAACUUCACAGUGAAAAGAAUCUGGACAACUACAUAAGGGAGAAAAUCAAUUCAGUUGUAAAAUUUCAGCUCUUACCUCCCUUACAAUGAUGUUGACUAUUGCUGAGAAUAUUUUAAAAAUGUAAUUCAGCAUUAGUUAUUCCAGUUUACCUGGCUUUCAGAUAUUGAAAUAAAUAAAAGAGUUGCCAAAAUGCAUCUAUAAGAACAUGAUGAUCUAAUGCCUAGCUUGUGAAAACCUGAGAUUAUAAUUAUGGAAGCCCAAUGUUAACAGUAUUGUUGUGUAGUAAAAUGUUAGAUGAAAGCAUAAGAAGAUAACAGUGGACUAGCUUUGUAUGUGUGAAAUUAAUGUAUUAUUUUUCAUGUAGUGUAAAGAAAUAUUUUUAAUUGGAAGGUGGGUGAGUGCACUAUUAACAAGAAGUCUUCCCUAUUACUUGACACCCUAUACCACUAACAGACUUUUUUUUUUUUUUUUAAAUGAAUAAAUUUAUAGUUUCCCUGUAGGUAGAUUUGUUGUGAUGUGAUGCAGUAAAAUUUUAUAAAGACAGACUCUUUAUUGACGUGGAUCAAGGUUUGUUAUUGUUAUGAUCUGAUG